AUGUGCAACGCCGCAACAUCGAUGGUGUUCGGGUCCUACUCCGACUUGUUUGGAAGACGUUGGUUCAUCAUAUUUGGCAACACUAUUGUCUUUGCUGGACUCAUUAUCGCCGGAGCAGCAAAGAAUACAGAUACGUUUCUCGCUGCAUGUGCGAUAAGUGGACUUGGGGGGGGACUUGCCCAACAGUCGGCUUGGGCAGUGCCUGAGUUGCUUCCGAAUCGAGUUCGGCAUAUUGCUCUGGUCAUAACAGAGGCGAGCACUUGGACUUGCGUUACGCUUGGCCCUGUUGCAGCUCGACUAGCGUUCCACGAAGGAGCAAAAUGGCGGUGGCUGUUCUAUGGGCCUGCAAUUGGAGCAGGUCUUAACGCUGCGUUUUUAUCCUGGUUCUAUUUCCCACCGAAACAUCCUCGAGGAGUUCCCUGGGAUAAGGCAAUGAAAAUUAUAGACUACGUUGGAGCGGCUUUGUUUACUGCUGGUGGCAUACUUGUCCUGCUAGGUAUAGUUUACACUAAUCUCUUACCCGCCUCCAACCCCCGUGUCGUGGUACUGCUCAGUGUCGGGUUCGCCGUCAUUAUCGCGUUCGCCUUGUGGGAACGCUUUAUGCCAAUGGAAGCGCCGCUGUGCCCUCCAAAGAUAUUUGCGAAAAGCUGGGGCCGAGAAUUCACAUUUCCUCUCCUGGCGGCAACUAUCAUCAACAUGUUUUAUUAUUCCACUAAUAUUGCCUACAUUAGCCAGAUGAACAUAUUAUAUACCGACUCGUAUACUCCGCUGUCCUACGCACUCAAGCUGACCUUGCCACAAAACAUGGGGAUGAUGUGUGGACAGGCUUUGCUGGCACUCACCGGUUCCUGGAUAAAAUGGUGGAGAACUCAGUACUUUAUCUCAACGCUGUGGAUGGUGCUAUUCGGUACGCUAUUGGCCUUAGGAAACCAAGACAACCGAGGCAUGAUGAUGAGCUUUGCGUAUCUUUGUCAAUUUGGCUACGGAUGGUCUCUCACACUGAGUUUCGCCUUCAUUCAGCUUGGCGUGGAUCAGGUUGAGCUAGGAGUCGCCGGGGCUUUGGCCGGUGUUGGUCGCUGGACCGGCGGUUCAAUUGCCUCGUCAGUGUACACAACGAUCUUGACGAAUUCAUUGACAUCGGAGUCGGCCAAAAAGAUCCCCGCUGCGGCUGUCAGCGCCGGUCUAUCCGAGCAGAUGAUACCGGUACUCUUCAAAGCUCUCCCUAAUGGCCUGGCGGCAGUUCAGCAAGUUCCAGGACUUAGCAGUGUGGUGGCAGCCACAAUCUGGAAAGCAUGGCAAGAUAGCUACAUCAUUGCGAUCAGGAACGUUUGUCUUGCUUCACUAGGUUUCGGUAUAGUGGCACUGGUCCUCGUUAUUCCCUGUCGAGACUUGGCUCCGAAGAUGACGCCGAAAAUCGAGGUCUUUUUGGAAAAUGACGUGAAUGCGGCCAAGAACCGUUUCCACUGA